GACCAAUUGACCGUGUCGACUACAUCUGGACGAAUGCACGGCAAGAUCGGAGACACAUACCCAAGCGUACGGCAGUUCUUAGGCAUCCCAUACGCUCAGCCGCCGCUCGGAGAUUUGAGAUGGGCUGCUCCGGAGCCCUUAUGGCAGCCAGAUGCUCGCAUCGCAGCGACAGAAUACACUCCGCAAUGUAUGCAGGUAGCUGGAGAUGCUCCGACCAUCUACAACCAGGAGCUCGCGGACCCCAAGAACCAAGAAUUUCUAGAAGAAAUAGGCGUGUCUGAAGAUUGUCUGACCUUGUCUGUAUAUGCGCCCUCCGUCAACAGGACCAAGAGUGAGUCCCUGCCAGUUUUGAUCUGGGUUCACGGCGGCGGAUGGCAAGGAGGUGGCGAAUCCUUGGGACAGAUUCCAACGCAAUGGAUUGAUCGAACUCCGACCCAUAUCGUGGUCAAGAUCAAGUACAGACUCAACAUCUUUGGCUUCCCAGGCGGAGUGAGAGCCCUCAAAGACUGGAAUCUCGGGUACCUGGACCAACGUCUCGCUGUGGAGUGGGUGAGGGAUAACAUUGCAGCAUUUGGCGGUGAUCCCUCGCGAAUCACUCUAUGGGGUGAAUCUGCUGGAGCAGGAUCUGUGGAUGCUCAUACAUAUGCUUGGCCGAAGGAUCCUAUUGCCAAAGGUGUUAUCCAAGCUUCGAAUCCGCCAAUAAUCGCGACUUGGGGUGACAGGACCGGCAUGAACUUUUCUGGUGUCGCUGCAAAUCUUGGCUGCCAUGGUGAAGACCAGCUUGCUUGUAUGCGUAAAGUGCCCGCGAUGGAUAUUGCAAACGCCCUCCCAGAACCGGGUAAUUCGGCCGCUCUGUUCUACCCUACAGUAGAUGACAAAGUUGUCUUUGCCAAUAGGUCUGAGCGAAUUCUUUCUGGAAAAAUCGCUAAGAUCCCCACCAUCAUCGGAACGAACAAAAAUGAAGGAAUCGGAAACAUCGCUUACGACCUCAACGGCGCCAACCAAACCGCAGCUCACGAGAUGCUACUCACAGCAUUCUUCUGUCCUAUCACAGCCAUCAUCAAGGCCAGACAAAAGUCCAACCUGCUCACAUAUCGAUUUCUCUACUCCGGCAACUUCACCAAUCUUUCCCCAAAGCCUUGGAUGGGCGCGUACCACGGUGCGGAGAUUUCGAUGCUUUUCGGCACGCAUCCCAACUUUCGCGGGAACAGUACGAAAUUACAGUACGAGACCAGUCAUGCUAUGCAGGAUGCUUGGGUUGCGUUUGCGAGAGAUCCGGGCCGUGGGUUGGAGCGGGAAGAUUGGAAGUCUUAUGACGACUUGGGUGAAGGUAGUGUGAGGGAUUUUGGGGAUGGGGUUGCUGUGAGGAAUGUUAGUGUUGCUGGGAUUGAGGGGGAAUGUGAU